AUUCAUAUUCUUUAACAAAACAACACAUUGACAGUAAAAUGCAGUCGACAUUAUUAUUGGUUUGGUUGGUCUGCUUCUGUGCGGGCUAUAUGAACCCUCGGCUGCAGAGGUGGCUGGAUGAAACCCGGCGCAAGAGGUUCCUGCCCGCCACUCUCGGCACUUUCGAUGACAGCGCCGAGCCGCUGCCGGACGCUGACCAGCCGCUGGAGUACACCUACCAGUCGCUACAGGACGCCAACCAGUCACCAGAAGGCGCCAACCAGCCGCCAGACUCUCCCAAUCACAACAACACAAACUUCUGCCCGAUGCCGGUGAUGCAGCAGCAGGGGGCCACGCUGGUGGAGGACGCGGACCUCUACCCGUGGGCGGCGAGGGUGAUACACACCAACUGGCACGAAUAUGCCAAAACAAACAUUCCGAUGAUAUGCACGGCGUUUGGGAUUCAACACAGAAUAUACAUAACGGCUGCUAGAUGUGUCUACGCAGCCAAACCCGCUCACAUGCAUCUAAGGUUUGGUAAAUGGUCGACGAAGGUCUCAGUAAAAGCAUGUGUGACACCUCGUCACUCCACCAAACAAUUGUUUGACGACAUCGGUUUUAUCGUGACUUGGAUAAGUAUUGCUGGCGGUGAAGCCGCACCCAGAGAAAACUUCGUGCCGCAGCCGAGUAAGCCGCGCACCGGCGAGAGCUACUGGUUCCAGGACUGGGUGCCAUACGACAACUACAAGGUCAUAGGAUACAUCGCGGAGGAGAAGUCACGAGAGAACCAUAGCUUGUACGUGCUAGACGAUAUGUACGGGAGCAAUUCGGUGUGCAAUCAGCACCUGCCUGCUCAAAAGGGAUCGCAAGAUUACUGGACCGCGUGCGUGCACUCCUGCCAGCCGCACCAGCACUCCAGCAAGCGCCCGCCCUGCCUCCGGUAUCUGCUGGGGCUGGGCCACGCGGUGCUCGACGACAAGAACGAACUGGUCGGCAUCGUCACGUGGUCGUGCGGGAACGAGCCCACCGCGCUGGCUAGGAGAGGCGGCCUGCCGCUGCCGCUGGGCGUUGCCGUGCCCGACGACCGCUACCAGCAGAACCUGAAGUGUGCAAUGAAAGUGAGGGAGAAUCAAAGAGACUUCUGCCCGAUGCCGGUGAUGCAGCAGCAGGGGGCCACGCUGUUGGAGCGCGGCGAUUACCCGUGGGCGGCGACCGUGAUACACACGGCCUGGCAGCUGCACACCGUGACAAGUGCUCCGUUGAUAUGCACGGCGUUUGGAGUUAAAUACAGAAUAUGGAUAACGGCUGCCAGAUGUCUUAUCACAGCCAAACCCGCUCACAUGCAUCUACGGUACGGUAAAAAGCCAUUUAAGGUGAAAGUGAAAACAUGUGUGAUACCUCUUCACUCCACCAAACAAUUCUUCGACGACAUUGGUUUUAUCGUAACUUGGGAAAGCAUUCCUGGCGAAUACACACUCGGAGGACCCUACCUGCCGGAGCUGAAGAAGCCGCGAACCAGCGAGAACAACUGGUUCCAGGACUGGGUCUCAUACGAGAACUAUAAGAUCAUAGGAUUCAUCGCGGAGGAAAAGUCACCCGAAAACCAUAGCUUGUACAUGAUAGAUGAUAUGUUCGGGAGUAACUCAAUGUGCAAUCAGAUUCUGCCUGCUCAAAAGGGCUCGCAGGAUUACUGGGCCGCGUGCGUGCACUCCUGCCAGCCGCACCAGCACUCCAGCAAGCGCCCGCCCUGCCUCCGGUAUCUGCUGGGGCUGGGCCACGCGGUGCUCGACGACAAGAACGAACUGGUCGGCAUCGUCACGUGGUCGUGCGGGAACGAGCCCGCCGCGCUGGCUAGGAGAGGCGGCCUGCCGCUGCCGCUGGGCGUCGCCGUGCCCGACGACCGCUACCAGCAGAACAUGCUGUGUGCAGAGGCGUUGGCUAAAGAUGGAAGAGCUGAUGUCAAUUAUUAUGCUGGAUAUUUACAAUCAGUUUGUCCAUUUAGUACGAGUUCUUAACCAGAUCUAUAGUCCCGUCUGGCAGAAAGCAUGAAACUUGAAAACCGUAAAAGCUACAAUAAUAACGUCUAAUAAAAGUAUAUUCUCUAUAAAAUUCU